GCACACUCAGUUAGAAUUGAGACGCGGUGAGGGACGGACGUACAACCCUCCCGCUCCUGGCUCCUUCACUGGGGGCCCACGCACGCCACAACCCACGCUGCCCCCACGCCUUCCUGUGCCUUCCCGCGACCGAGUGUCCACCGGUUCGACCCCCAGAACUGUAUACACAACACCCACACCACUGUCACCACUACUACUGAAGGAUUUUGUGAUCUUUUGUGGAUUCUGCAAAAGUGGUGACCCGCUGUGAUACCUGUACACCUGGAUGUUCCUUCGUGUACGUGUGUGUGUACCUGUGUGAUUUAUGAACGUGCACACUCACCUGAGGAAACCGUACAUCUGUGUGUGUGUGUGUGUGUGUGUGUGCAUGUUCUCUAAAAGUGUGCAAAGAACGAGAACAAACACGUGAAUUCAGAUCCUCGAAACCUAACACAAACUGAACUUCUUACAUUUAUCAUCAUUAUUAUACCGUGUCAUUAUAAUUAUUCUACGUCCGUCCAUUCAUCCGUCUGCAUUAUAUCGAAAACUUAGUGACUGGACGAGUGGAUGAGUGACAGUAAAGGUAGAAGCGAGUCGCCUGUGCAGCGGAUGACGGCCCAGGUACACAGCCGGACAGGUGUGAAAAGUUAAUCAAGGUGUGAACUAUCGCCAGACUGCUCUCACUAACCUGUCCGCCGCCGCCGCCGCGCUAAACUAAGAAAGAAGGGAAGAGAAGAAAGGACGUAAAGAAGAGAAGACAGAAAAGGAGAUAAAACACUGAAGGACGUAAGGAGGAAAAAGUUAAACAAAAUAAGACAAAAAAGGAAAGAAAAACUAGAACAUAAAUUAAAAGGAAAGAAACACAAAUUAAAAAAUAACCAAAACAUAAACAGACGAAACAAACUAAAACGUGAGUGUGUGAGUGUGUCUGUGUGUGGAAGUCUGUGUGUGUAGGUGUCUGUGUGCGUGUCCCAGCCGCUUCCAGCCGCCCCCCGUGGCCCCCCAUGUGGAGUGCAGCGCCCCCUGUGGAGUAUGCCCGGCCCUAGCCACGACAGGACCUUCCACGGGGCGCGCCGCUCCCCUGCAUCUGCCCGGCACUAACCACGGCAAGGAAAGAUGAGGAGUAUGGAGGAGGAGGUGGAGGUGGGCGGCCCGCGAGACGACUUCCUAAGCGAGGACGACCACUCCCCCACGGACGCCUCCGAGGACAGCGUGGAGGUGCGCGUCAAGCCCAUCCGCGCCCCCCAGCGCCCCCCCUCGCCCGCGCCCACGCCCACCGCGCACCCCAAGUUCCACAAGUUCCGUAAGCACUACUCUGCGCUGCGCCAGCAGGAGUACGCCGCAGCGCGCGCCUCUCCGCCCAGCCCUGUCGCCCCGCCCCGACCCAGCACUCCCGCCAGCCCCGUGGAGUCCCCCGUGGGCGCGGCGCCGCUGUCCCCCGGCACCCGCGCCGCCGCCGCCCGCAGCCGCCGCAAGCCCGCCGAGCCGCGCCGCUUGUGCCAUGACCCGCCGCCGGGCGCCAAGCGGCCCCACAGCCCCUGCCCCGAGGCGCCGCGCCCCACCAAGCUGCCUCGCGCCGACCCACCCCAGGACGCGGCGGACAGAAGCACGCCCUCUUCGCCCUCCCCUGGGGCGCCGCCCCUGCUGGCCCCGCACCCGCUGCUGGGCCACCUGGGCCGCCAGCCCAUGGGGGCCUUCCCGCCCCUACUACUGCCACCCGCCUGGCCCCCUGUGGCCGCCCAGUGGGGCUACCCGCGGGUGGUAACACCCCUGGGCUGGGCUGGCCUGGCCCCCCACCCAUACCCCAUGCUGUUGCCCCCCCACUACCCCCUGCCCCGCCACGCCCUCCAUCCCCACCUACACCCCGCCUCGCCCCCGCCCAGGUCCCCCCCGGAGGCCCCGUCCCCCACCGAGGACCGCCCCCACCGUGACGACCUGCCGCUUCCCCUGGUGACCCGCGUUAGGCCCCCCGACACGCCCGCCCCACCGGCGCCGCCCCCGCACCGCCCGCUUCCCCACCCCCACCACCGCCACCAGCCUGCGGGCGCCCGGGGGGUGGAGGUCAGCGUGGUGCAGCGGGCGGGCAAGGGCGCGGCAAAGUUCCUCAGCGUGGAGUCCCUCAUCGGCAGCGGCAGCGGCAGUGGCGGCGGCACGACGCGUGACGCCCCGGAGCCCGAGGAGGAGGCCGGCGGCGAUGGCGGAGGCAGCCACAGCAGAGACGGCGGCGUCGGAGUGGCGAGUGAGGUCUCGGCGGCGGCGGCGGCGGCGGCGGCAGCGGCGGCGGCGGCAGCGGGGGAGGAUGAGGAGAGCCUGCAGGCGCUGCUGCAGCCAGGCAAACACAAGCAGCGUAAUUACAAGAACAUGACGCGGGAACGGCGCAUCGAAGCCAACGCGCGGGAGCGGAACAGAGUGCACACCAUCAGCGCAGCCUUCGAGAAGCUGCGGACGUCCGUGCCGGCGUACAGCCACAACCAGAAGCUGUCCAAGCUGUCCGUGCUGCGGAUAGCCUGCUCGUACAUCCUGUCCCUCUCCCGCCUGGCCGGCCACGACUACAGCGAGGGCGGCACCGAGCCCUCCUUCAGCGAGUGUGUCGACCUCACCACCAGGACCAUCCAGGUGGAGGGCAAGGCCAAGAAGAAGCGGGACGAGUGAUGACCCCCCCCCCCCCCCCCGGCCCGCCACGUGCCCCCGGCCCUGGUGACACCGCUCUGUGAUUCCCGCCCCGUGCCCCUGGUGGCCCCUCGGUCUGUGAUCCCCGCCCCGUGACUGACCCCGUGACCCGCCCCCUGGUGACGCUCACUGUUCCUGCCCCUGACCCUCGCAGCCUCCUUCCCACCGAGAAAGACUCAACAACUAUUUAUUCAGUGCUACACUUCACAAAAGACGAUCUGUGACGCGUUAUAGUCGAUAAUCAGUUCCAAAAGACAAUUGAUAUUGUAAUAAUGUUGUAUUCUAGUCCAAAGCCGAGAGCCAAGCUCUCCGACCAGCCCCGCUGCGCUCAGCGUCUCUUGUCGCCGUCGAGAAUGUCCGCGAGAAACACAGCAGAGCCGUCCAAGCCGCCCCGCCCCGCCCCGCCCCACCAGCCCCGCCUCGCCGCGCAGCGUGGCGCCGCGCCGGCCGCCCCUGUGCCGCCAGGCCGCGAGUCAAGGCCCCGGCGCCGUGUUUGGCGGCGGCCACGCCUGCACCCGCCGCGCCCAGCGCUUCCAUGUACACAGAAGGACACCCACACGCGGGGCAGCGUGAGGACGAGGCGCCCACACCACCACCACCCCUGCUGCCCCCCGCCCCCUGUACCAUGUGAUGUCCUUCUUCAACCCCUCCCCCCCCCUCCCCAUCCUGCCAACAUGAGUCUCCCCCACCACACACACACAGCAACUGUCUGCCGCCCCGGGCACAAGAUGUACAAAACAUGAACACACACACACACACACACACACACACACACACCUGACUCACUAACCCCCACUUUGCCAGAAAUGCCCACCCCCACACAGCCCCCUCCCUCAACUUGUCCGCCCCGCAGCCCCCGCCCCGCCCCGCCCCGCAGCCCCGGGACCUCUGCCCCGCCUCCUCGCCGUCGGCCUCUCAUGUACAUAUUAUUGUUUGAUAACGGAUAUAGUUUUCUAUUGUUAGUCUGUUGAUAUUAAAAUUAUUUUACAAAUCAGA